UACCCCACGCCACUCCCAACACUCCCCCGCAGGCGAGGGCGAGAGAAGGGGGGAAAGGAGGCGAGCGCACGGCGGGCCCCUCGCCGCCGCCGCAGCAGCAUUCCGACCGGAUCGGACCAGGGCCCUCCCCCUCCGCCCACCACGCGUCGCCGGAGAUGGCGUCCCCGAAGCGGCUCCCGUACUCCUCCGCGGGCGCUGGCGGCGGAGCGAGGCGCGGCUCCGGCGCGCUGCCGCCGGUGGUGGUCCUCGUCUUCCUCUUCGUCCUCGCGCCGUCGAUCUUCUUCGUCGUGCGCAGCGGCGGCCACGUCCACGUCGCGUCCGAUCCCAGGGGUGCUGAUGGCAACCAGGAAACAGAUUGGCAAGAGCAACUGGCAACAAACAAUCUGAAAUCUCUUUUGUCUAAGGAGGUAAUCGAUGCUAUAGCUACUAGUCAACAAGAAACAGGCACUCUGAAUCUUGACUUCUUUAGGGAUCAUCCCUCUCCUUCUUGGAAAACUGAUGAUCUAGUUGAUCACAAGAUGAAUACUAAUUUGGUUGUUGACGACAAGGCAAAAGCUCAAAACAGUUCUGCAGAACAUGUACCUCUAAUAUAUAAAUCACCCAAGGAUGGUUCAGUUAUUGUCCAUGCAGAUGGACAUCAAGUUGAUACAGCAGCAAAAAUAGCUCGAAGGAAACUACGGGAGAUAAGGCGGGAAAAGAGGGCAAUGGAUUUGGUACGGAAAGAUGAUGAAGCGCUUGUUAAGCUGGAGAAUGCGGCUAUUGAGCGAUCGAAGGCUGUAGAUUCUGCUGUCCUUGGGAAAUACAGCAUAUGGAGAAAAGAGAAUGAGAAUGAGAACUCAGAUUCAACAGUCAGGUUGAUGAGGGACCAAAUUAUUAUGGCUCGUGUUUACUCUGUGCUUGCAAAAUCAAAGAACAAGCAUGGUCUUUAUCAAGAACUGCAGAGCCGAAUCAAGGAAAGCCAUCGGGCUGUAGGAGAGGCUACUGCAGAUGCUGACCUUCAUCGCAGUGCACCUGAUAGAAUGAGAGCGAUGGGUCAAGUUUUAACCAAGGCCAGAGAAGAAUUGUAUGAUUGCAAGGUGAUAAGUCAGAGACUAAGGGCAAUGCUUCAGUCAGCAGAUGAACAGGUCAGGAGCUUGAAGAAGCAGAGCACAUUUCUCAGCCAGUUGGCUGCAAAGACGAUUCCAAACAGCAUUCACUGCUUGUCUAUGCGCUUAACAAUAGAUUACUAUCUCCUUCCUGUGGAGAAACGGAAGUUCCCGAGGAGUGAGAACUUGGAAAAUCCAGAGCUCUACCACUAUGCACUUUUCUCGGACAAUGUCUUGGCUGCCUCUGUUGUUGUAAACUCAACCAUCAUGAAUGCUAAGGAGCCUGAGAAACAUGUUUUCCAUCUUGUGACUGAUAAGUUGAACUUUGGAGCCAUGAACAUGUGGUUUUUGCUGAACCCACCUGGCAAGGCCACUAUCCAUGUUGAGAAUGUGGAUGAAUUUAAGUGGUUGAACUCAUCGUACUGUCCUGUUUUACGUCAACUGGAGUCUGCUGCCAUGAAAGAGUUUUAUUUCAAGGCUGAUCGUCCCACCACUCUUUCAGCAGGUUCUUCAAACCUAAAGUACCGUAACCCGAAGUACCUUUCCAUGCUGAACCACUUGAGGUUUUAUCUCCCAGAGAUCUAUCCAAAGUUGGAUAAGAUACUUUUCCUCGAUGACGACAUAGUUGUGCAGAAAGAUUUGACAGGAUUGUGGGAUGUUGAUCUAAACGGAAUGGUUAAUGGUGCGGUGUUUACCUGUGGAGAGAGUUUCCACCGUUUUGACAAGUAUCUUAACUUCUCAAAUCCACACAUUGCUCGGAACUUUGAUCCUAAUGCUUGUGGUUGGGCUUAUGGGAUGAACAUCUUUGAUCUCAAGCAGUGGAAGAACAAAGAUAUUACUGGGAUCUACCACAAGUGGCAAACCAUGAAUGACGACAGGGUUCUUUGGAAGCUCGGGACACUUCCACCUGGGCUCAUGACGUUCUACAAGCUGACGCACCCCCUUGACAAAUCGUGGCAUGUCCUUGGAUUAGGAUACAACCCAAGCAUAGACCGCUCGGAGAUAGACAAUGCUGCUGUCGCUCAUUACAAUGGGAACAUGAAGCCAUGGCUGGAGCUGGCAAUGACCAAGUACCGACCAUACUGGACAAGGUAUAUAAAGUAUGACCACCCUUACAUCCGCGGAUGCAACCUGAGUGAGUAGAUGUGAUAUGAAGCCGCCGGAGAAGGUCACACAUCUGAAGCAGAAGUGUCCCCUUUCUCCUUGAAGCAUGUAGUGAACUAUGUAGAUUAAGGGAAGUAGUAUCGGCUGGAGCUAUUGAUUGCUUGCACCCUGGAAAUUUCUGAUGCACGCUCUCAGGAUUGAUGUGUUAUAGUCUUAGCAGUUCCUUUGUUCAAUUGAUGUGCAGCUUAAUAUCCAAUUUGUUUGGUCAGCAAAAUCAUGCUGAACCUGUUGAACGCGUGCCUGUGGUUGGUGUUAAUGUGUUGCUUAGAGCUACUAUAGCAGAAUUUCUGGAGUGAUAGUAAUUGUAAGAAUUGCAUUAUCUUGCUGUUGCUCAGAUGAUUUAAGUGGAAUUCAGAAUCAAAAUUAUGAGAGAAGA